AGGACAUAACUUCUUCUGUCUUUGAUAACUUUUUUUAACUGUACAUAAUUACGUUUCAAUGACAUAACUGUCAAAAUUUGAUAAGUAUCUUUCAAAACCCACUAAAAAUGACCGAUUACAUGUUCGAGACCGAGUACGGACUCGAGUACAGCGAGGACAGUACUUCAGAACCAGACGUCGACCUAGAAAACCAGUACUACCUCGCCAAAACCAUGAAAGAAGACGACCCAAAGAACGCCAUACCCGCUUUCCAGAAAGUACUGGACAUUCAAGGAGACAGCAAGGGAGAGUGGGGUUUCAAAGCCCUGAAACAGCUUGUCAAAAUCCAUUUUCAGCUGGGAGACUAUACGGAAACCAUGGCCAGGUAUAAGGACCUUCUGAGUUACAUUAGCGGAGCUGUAACGAAAAAUCAUGGAGAAAAAUCGAUAAAUUCAAUUCUGGACUAUACUUCGACGUCGAAGAAUAUAGAAAUGCUGCAGAAAUUUUAUGAAACUACGUUGGAGGCUUUGAGGAAAGCUAGAAACGAACGAUUAUGGUUUAAAACCAACACCAAACUAGGAAAGGUGUUCUUGGAGAGGGGAGAAUACACGAAAUUGGCCGCUAUUAUCAAGGAGCUAAAAGCUAGUUGUAAGUGUGAAGAAACAGAUAUGGAUCCUCAUAAAGGUACUCAAAUGUUAGAGAUUUUUGCUCUAGAGAUUCAGAUGUAUACUCAACAAAAAAACAACAAGAAAUUAAAAGAACUAUACGAGAAAUCUUUACGGGUACGUUCAGCAGUACCACAUCCUUUGAUCAUGAGCGUUAUCAGAGAAUGCGGAGGUAAAAUGCACUUGAGAGCUGGCGAAUUCGAAAAAGCCUACACCGAUUUCUUCGAGGCCUUUAAAAACUACGACGAGUCGGGCAAUCCACGACGCCUAGCCUGUCUCAAGUACAUCAUCCUGAACAGCAUGCUCAUGAAGAGUGCCAUCAACCCCUUCGACUCCCAAGAAGCCAAACCCUACGCUCACGAUCCCGAGAUCAAAGCCUUGACUCUACUCAUAGAAGCGUUUCAAAGAAGUCAGACUUCUGAUUUCGUGAAAAUCUUCGAGAAGAACAAGGAAUCUCUAAUGGCUGAUCCGUUCAUUCGGGAACACUUGGAAGAACUGCUCAAGAGUGUUCGUGGUAACGCGUUGGUGAGGCUGAUCAAGCCGUAUCGAAACAUAAAGCUGAGUUUUAUCAGUGAGCAGUUGGGGAUGGACGAGGAAGAGGUGGAGAAUUUGCUGGUAUCGUAUAUUCUGGAUGGGCACGUUGAUGGGAAGAUUGAUCAAGUGAAUAAGGUGUUGAGGAUGACCAAAGGGUGUGAGGAUAGUAGAUACAGUGCUUUGGAUCGUUGGGCUGGAAAUUUGUCCGAUAUCAUGGAAUCAAUUGUCCUUUGAUUUUUUAUUUUUUCUAUGCGAUUUGAAUUAGAAUACUAUGUUGUACUGUUAAUAAAAAACUAUUAAAUGUAAAUUGAUGAUU